AUUAGAAGAGUGUUGGUAUAGUGGAUGCCAAGAGGCCACGCACCAACCGCCUUCAAAUUCUUGUUAACCCCAAAAUCGAACUCCCAUUGAUCCUCAAAAAAGAGAAAGAAUGGCGAAUUUACGAAGGGCACUUCUAUUCACCAUUCCUCGAAUCCUCAACAGAACACCCAUUGCAACCUCCACACUCCCAUCUCACAAUCUUUACAGGCCUUUAGCUGGAACAUUUUCGCGUUUUAUUUCUUCCAACGAGGCGGUUAAUAUUGAUCUUUCUAACGAAGAGAGCAAAAGGCGUUUAUUUAACAGGCUUAUUUAUCGGAGUAAACAAAGAGGCUACCUGGAGCUAGACCUUGUUCUUGGCAAAUGGGUGGAGGAACAUAUACAGUCUAUGGACGAAAAUGGAAUUAAGUCCCUUGUUAAUGUUCUUGACCUGGAGAAUCCAGAUUUGUGGAAGUGGCUGACUGGUCAGGAGCAACCCCCAGAUGCAAUAAAAACAAAUCCUGUAUUUUCUGCUGUGCGUGAAAAAGUUAUGAAUAACCUUGACAAACAUGCUUCUCCUGAGACUCGCGCUGUUCCAGGACAACCUUGGGUGAGAGGGUGGGACGAUAUCAAGAGAGCCCGAGAUGCGCCUAUAGCUGGGAAUCAGUAGCUCUCUUUUCUGCUGGCAGAUUUCAAAGAACAACUAAACCAUAGUCUUGUAUAGGAACCUGUGUUAUUACCAGGGAUGUGUAUGAAUAAAUAUAGCAACUCAGGUUUGUUUCAGUAAGGCCUCAAUAAUGUGCUAAUAGAUGCCGAAUGUGUUAAGCCUGCUGGCAGCAGGCGCACCCAUGUUUUAUUUCUAUGAUAGAACUCUUAAUGUAAAAGCAUUUCUUUGGUCUAUACGUGAAACUCGAAGUCCUAAAUGCCACCAAUUUUUGUUA